AUGUCUCGUCCCCGGCCACAAUGGCAGCUUCAAGCUUUAGCUGCACAAAGACGUGACAAUGAGCUAAAGCGAGCGGAAGAGUUGAAGAAGGUGGCUACAUACUUUGAGACUAACACCAAUAAGUCUCGACAUCAUGAACAAUGGACUACUGAAGGGUAUUAUGAAAAGGCUAAUAAGGAGGCUGAACUACUUAGCCAGAGGAAGAUUAGAGCUGCACAACUCGAGGAGCGGCGUAAAAAACUGGAACUAAUGUUGUUUCAAGAAAACAUGCAGUUGCAACAGGAAUUAAAGAAUUUAGCUGCUCAACCAAAGUAUUUUAAGAAUGGUUCUUACCUAAACAAAGUGCCAACAAAAACCCUACAAGAUAUCAACCAGGGUAUCAUGGCUAAGGAAGAACAGCUGCUUCGUCACGAGGCAGAGCUUCGACUGCACCAUGCUUGGAGGAUGCGGCAACCUGAACUGAGGGCUGCUACUAGUUAUGUCAAUAAUGGAAAGCUCAAGUCUGCCUGGAUGGAGCAGAUAGUGGAAAAAGAAGUACAGAAGCAGAAAGAAGAAGAAGAGACGCGUAAAGUGUUGAAAGAGAGAGAUGAGAUGUUGCGCAAACAGAUACAGUUGGAGGAGCAGAAGUUGAAGGAGAAGGAACUACAAGUUAGGGAGUUACGAGAAAGUCUAGAAGGACAAAUUGCAGAAUUAAGUGAAAAAGAAACAAUAGUCAAACGUCUUCGCAAACAGGAAGAAAAAGAAAAACUUAUAUUGGACGAGUUACUGUUCAUAUCGUGCGAAAGAGAAAGAGAACACACUCGCCUUGUGGCAGAAAGAGACGCCAGUAUAGUGAACAUGGGCCUACACAAAUAUAAACUGAAGAGGAGAGUGAUCUCUGUUAUGAAAGAAAUAGAGUUGGAUUUAGAGAUGCUGGAUAAAUUGCGCAGGGCUGUUCAAAAGGAUUAUGAUGCAGAAAAAGACACUUGUUCAAAUUACAAACGGGUGUUAGACGCAGCUCUAUCCGAACUGGUGGAACAUAGAGAGCGUGAGCUGCAGCGGCAAAAGACCAUUGAGGCCAUGUACGAUGGAGAGGCUAGGAUGAUCAAUGAUAAACAAGAUAAGCUAUGGGCCAAAGAACGUGACGCUCGCGCCAUCCUAAUGAGCGAGGUGGUGGCCACUUUGAAGAGACAAGUGGAAGAGAAGAUAGAAGCUAACAGACAGAAGCAGAAGAUGAACGUUCUCGAACGAGAGAAGAUUUUAGAACAAAUGGAACAAUUCCACCAAGAGGUCAAGGCUAAUGAAAGGGCGGCGCAAUUGAAAGACUCAAAAUACUCAACAGUGACUGCUCUUCAGUCACAACUGAACAGUCUCCGCCUACAACAACAGCAGUUAGAAGACACAUGUGCCAGGGAGGCCGAGCUCAGAGAAGAGGCCUCUAAUGAGAGGAAGAUUAGGAGUGAAAUUGCCAAGAUACAUAGAGAGGGCAGCACUCAAGCUUGGACAUAG